AAUGCCGGCCGGCUAGACCUAAAAUGGGGAGAGUUGUUUGUUGAUGUAUUGUGUCUGCCACAGGCAAGCAUGCGUGAAGAGUCCCAUACGCUGGGUAUGAUCCAUGGGACGGGAUGAUUCAACAUAUACCGGUACUGUCUUUGGCGUUGUUGCGGCAUAUUUUUUGUCAGCCGUCGGCCGGUGUAUGUGCAUGCACGACAAACGCCACGGCGCCUGUCUCUGUAGUAAGCUUAACGCUCUUACUUUAAAAUAGUGAGGAAAAACGGAUUGUACUUUAACUGGAUGGUUAAGUGUUACACGACAAAGUUCAGAACGGGAAAACAUUUGUAGAGUUAAACUUCUGUCAGGUCUCUGCCAUUACGAAGAAGAAAGCGCAGCACGCAACUAGACCAGCAUUAGAUGAGAGAGAGCCCAGAGAACAGGUUGCCCCAGUCGUGUGUGUGUGUGUGUGUCAGUACCCAGCAGGCUCCAACUUAACACUACCAGAAGUGUUCCAACUAUCGAGACACAGACCCGGGAUAGAUGGAAUGACAAAACUGCAUGUGCAAUAUAAAGAAGGUCGGGCAUAGUGCAACGCAUUGUAGCAACAUUUUAGCUAGCUGAUUGACUCGUCGAAGUAUUUCCUAGUUGCUUCUAUUUUUAUUCACUUGUGAAAGGAAUAGGGAAUUUUCCUUGGCAAGAAAAUGGAAGAUUUUCUGCCCCUUAUAGACAGUAUAGAGCGCGAGCAGUGGACUCUGCAAAGGCUGAACUCGGACACCUCCGGGGAAGAGACAGACUCUAGUUCAGAUGACAGGCGAUCGACGUACAGCCCUUCUAGUAUAUUCUCUGAAACCUUAGACGAUGACUUAUACCUAGAGUAUCUAUUUUCCCAAGGGCUGGCGGACUGCAUUGAAAAGCCCAAUUUAAUCGCGAAUGAAAUCGUGCAGAAUGCGCCACCCCAAGUGAACGCGUUCUGCGAUUCGUAUUGCCAGAAUUAUUUUCCAGACGACGGUUUCAGAGCCGAUGAUUGUGACAAUAUUCUGCCAGAGGACUUGGUGGUGUUGGGGGUCGGGCUGCAGAAUUUAAUGCAGGAGUAUAACCUUCAGCAGCAACAGGCGGCUCUGAGCCAGGUCCCCAGGAAUUCUAUGAAUGCGCAGUACACCGCCAUGCACGCGCAGAAGACCAUGCCGCAAAUGACAGCUCACGUGAUGGCAAGGCAGCAACAGCAGCAGCAGCAGCAGCAACAAUCCAAUCACCAGCAACUAACCACGUAUUAUAACAACAUGUACCACGCCAACCACAACACCAAUACAGCCCGGCCAAUGAGUAUGCCACCCCAGCAGCAUCAGCAGCAGUCGCCAACGUAUAAUAACAAUGCAAACUCUGUGUAUGACUACAAUUCCAAUACAAAUCCUACUAAUUCCAGUCAGCUUCAUGGGACUUUCCGUGUGCGCGUUGCUCGACAGACGACAGGACAGCAACAGCAGCAGCAGUCGCAGCAGACGACCAAAAUUGGAAAGGAAAAACUGGAUGAGAAAAUUCACCACUGUACCUAUCCCGGUUGUCCCAAGGUGUAUAGCAAAAGUUCUCACCUGAAGGCCCACCUCCGUCGCCACACGGGAGAAAAACCGUUCUGCUGCACGUGGCCGGGCUGCGGCUGGAAAUUUUCGCGCUCAGACGAGCUCGCUCGUCACAAACGCUCACACUCAGGUAUCAAGCCAUAUCAGUGUAAGAUUUGUGAAAAAAGGUUUUCUAGAUCAGACCAUUUAUCCAAGCACUUAAAAGUGCAUCGAAAGCAACAGCACCGUUAGAUGUAGCCCCGUGCGACAAAGAAUGCCAUUAUAGUUUAUUUGAACGAACUAGUACAUUUACUUUUUUCUGUUGUUCGUGUUUUGUUGGAUUUUAAAUAAGGUAAAACAGCUGAACUUUAUAAAGACAGCGUUUUAAGAGACACUAUAGCAGCUGAGCUGUCGGCUCCUUUAUGCCAAAGAAAAGUCUUGCAGUAUCAUUGCCUUAUAUAGUAUAUUUGAAGGUGCAUGCCAUUAUACCAUCCUACAAUUUGUCAUUUUGUUACUGUCUGCUGAUGUAUAUAUAUAGGACUGUAGUUCGCUAGAUCAUUCAUGUGUGUAUGUUAAAUGCGUAUGUCGCCCCAGUAUGCCACGGAAGUGUCUUUGAGGCUAAGCGAGCAUGCGAACAAAUUACUGUACAAAAAAGCUUCCUACUUCAAUGGAAAACUUGCACGCGGAUCAAUCUGCGUACAAUUAGCGAUUAGGUUUGAAUUGAUGACAAAGGUGCAUAGAGGGUGAUUCACAUGGGGGUUGGCAAAUAAGCCUUUGGUUCAACAUUUUGUAUUUUUUUUUUUUUUUGGUCUUUAUAAUUUAAGCUGGUAGGAAAUACCCAUGCCGCGUGGCCUUGAGCCUUACUAAAGCUGUUCCACAAAGUUGACGUUAAAAGUACAAGGCAAUGGCAAAGUUUUAUAUUUAGUGAAAGUAUGAACGAUUCUGACACAGAACGGGUUCUGUUUUUAAUAAGUCACGAGGUGGGAGAUUGGUCGUUUUGCUGGCUGGUAUAGCCUUAUAAAUCGUCUGCUACUUCUUUAACCUGUCGUCUGCCGAAAUGAAAAUUUUUCCAUUUCUUCGCCUGCCGGCAUAAAAACUGAGCAGCUCGUGCAACUCCGUGCAUAGUACAGUAAUGGUAGGACUGCCGCCUCGUCAUUCGACCCUUGAACCAAAAUUACGUUAAAUAAUAUUGUUUGGGGAUAAAUUUAGCCGCGGCGUAGAGCCGCUAGCCUAAAUUUGAGUCAUUUUAGUGGCAUUCUUUUGCAAGUAAGAUGGACUGUUGCCCUGGGUAAAAGUGCCCAUAGUUUUCCCCCUGCGUUUUUGGUAGCCACCACCCCUCCCCCCUAUUGACAUUGUCAAAACGUAGAUAGAUUAUCUGGCAGACAUAUAUUUCUUGAGCUUUUAUUUUAAAGGUGAGCACUUGUUAAAGAGAGACACUCUAUUUUAUUUUCUAAAAAAAAAAAAGUUUUUGCGAAUAUAAUGAUAAGGCAAUAAAUGCGAAUAUGUGAUGGCUAGUAAUCUGCAGGCGGUAUAUUAAAUGCUUUCUCAAAUGUUGGUUAUUAUUAUUCUCGUAAUUCUUUAUUAUAAAAUUGAUUAUCACGUCAUCAGUUCUGAUUAAAUAAUCUAGAUUUGUAA